AAAGAGAGAGAGAGAGCGCUACUCGGCCAUGGCGUCGCAGCCGUGCGGGUGGCCGUGGAGUCCGAUCCGCCCCUCGCCGACGAAGCCGUCGCGCUACUGCUCGCUCCAGGCGCGCCGGCGUCGCUUCGCCGCACGCUCUUUGCGCGACGACUCUCCUCGUCCUCGUCCUCCUCCUUCCGGCUCCUCUUCAAAUGCGGCCGAAUCAGGCUCUCGAAUGCUCGAGGCUGAGAAGUUAGCCGCCACCUCGCGCCCGAGGCCGGAGCCCGAGGAGAAAAGCCGACGGCGCCAUGCCGCCAGUUCGGACGCGGACGCGGACGCGUCUCCGGGGCGACGAUCUCUGAGCUCCAAGUCGCUGCCGAGAAAACGGCCUCCGCGGCGGAGGAUGCCGUUCGCUUCGAAGAAGGUUCGGAGCAUCAUUUUGCUCAACGUCGUGACCUUUAUCUACGCGAGUAACAUUCCAGUUGUGAAAGAGGUCGAAUCAGUCACGGAUCCUGCGGUUUUUAAUGUUGUCAGAUUUGCUGUUUCAGCGAUUCCAUUUGUCCCCAUGGUGAUUCAAUCAUGGGAUGAUGUUCAGACACGCAAUGCAGGAAUAGAGUUGGGGAUUUGGGUUAGCCUAGGAUAUCUUAUGCAAGCACUUGGUCUACUCACAUCUGAUGCUGGUCGUGCAACAUUUCUGUCUAUGCUAACUAUUAUUGUGGUUCCAUUGCUCGAUGGUAUGCUAGGAGCAAUAAUUCCCACUCGCACAUGGUUUGGAGCUUUUAUGUCUGUUAUUGGUGUUGCAAUGCUGGAAUCUAGUGGAUCACCUCCAUGUGUCGGUGAUCUAUUAAACUUCUUGAGUGCAAUAUUCUUUGGAAUCCACAUGUUAAGAACCGAGCGCAUUUCCAGAGCGACGGAUAAAAGGAACUUCCUACCUCUGCUCGGACAUGAGGUAUGUGUAAUUGCUAUUUCAUCCUCAUUGUGGUACUUCAUUGGAGGCUGGAUUGGUGGCAACCAAGAAGUUGAUGCAUCGUCUUGGACAUGGCCAAUGAUUUGGGAUUCUGUGGUUCAGUUUCCGUGGAUACCAACACUUUACACAGGCAUAUUCUCAACUGGUUUGUGCUUAUGGGUAGAGAUGGCUGCUAUGUGUGAUGUAUCUGCCACUGAAGCAGCCAUAAUUUAUGGGUUGGAACCAGUUUGGGGUGCAGGUUUUGCAUGGUUACUCCUUGGGGAAAGGUGGGGCAUCACUGGCUGGAUUGGUGCUGCACUAGUACUGGCUGGAAGCUUAACUGUGCAAAUAUGUGGCUCUUCACCUCCAUAUGAAUUGGAUGACGAUGAGGAAAUGAGUAAGAAUGUGCUGGUUUCACAUGAACAAAGCGGCUUAUCCUCUUCCCCAGUUGUUGUCAGUUCCAAGAAGGGUAUUCCUGACAUGUUCAAGAAGUAAGAAGAGGUAUCUUGAUGUUUCUUGGUUGAAGAAUUUCGUCAUUCUUUUAUUGCAGACUCAAUGUUAAUGAGUCCUGCUGAUGGAUGGUCGGCGGCGGCUCUAGGGUUCUGCCUUUGCAUGUGAAUUUAUAUGUAUAUGUGUAUAUCUGUAUAUACGAGGAGAUACUAGGGAAGAAGAAGAUAGAUAAAUGCGUAGGUGCUGCCAUCCCUUUAUUUUAUUCUGAGGAUGGUCAUAUAACAAUGUAUAUUGGAUAAUAAAGAUCUAUAAUCAUGAUAAAGAGGAUAGAGAAUGAUCUAGCACCACUUGGCUCUGUA